UCAAAAAUUGUUGAUGGACAUUGGACAUGUUAUUUUACUGUCAUGCAGUGUGAAACAUAAAUAAAGCAUAUUAGUUUUUGUAAAAAUCAUGACUUAAUACUCAGGCCUAAACUGUUAAUAUGAAAUAAUAAAUUUAAUAAAAUAACUGCCACUUACAUAUUUGUUUUAAUAAAUGACAUUAUGGAUGGUUUAAUUCACGCGGCAUUGGAAGCUGAGGUAAUACUAAACCGGGCGAAACAUGUGAACUCAAACUUAUCCCAAUAUAACAGUGGUGUCCCAGACCACAAAAUGACUUGGACCCAUGAUAAGAUGCACCUUGCUGAAUCUGUUGAUGAAUCUAGAAUGAAAUUUCAACGAAAUUCGUCCGGCUCUGCUUCCAAAGCUACAGAGAAGUUUGAUUUAUUUAAAAAACUUCAUGAACUUUACAACGAGUUAAGUAGAGAUGAAACAUUACAGGUGAACUAUCAAGGCCUGAAAACCACAUCAUAUCUAUUGGAGAAGUUAUUAGCAAUAUAUAAUCUUAAUACAUUAAUAAUAAAUCUGUAUCCAGGCAAUAAGGGAUAUUCUUUAUCAUUAAAAGUAAAUGGAAACUCACAACAUCUACAUCCACCAGAUGGGCAUUCAUCAUCAAAUCAAGAAGAGACUUUGAUAGAGACUCCCCGCUGGCCAUAUGAAGAGGAAGAGUUAUUGAGUUAUAUUGACAAUGAGGAACUGCCUGUAGUGUUGUUAGAUCUUUUGGAGACUGAACACUCAUGCCUGUUUUAUUCCGGAUGCAUAAUAGCACAGAUUAGAGACUAUAGACAGGCAUAUCCAAGUUUUCUCUGCGAUACUCAUCAUGUACUCCUAAGGCCCACUAAUCAGAGUAUAAUAACCGAUGCAAUGUGUAUCGGUGGUCGCUGCGGCUGGGCGGGCGAAGAGCGUGGAGCAUUAGAAGCGGUAGAGGCGGCCUUAGUGCACGCGGCCGCGCCCCCCUUGUGCCUCGACCCGCGCCCCGCCGUGGGCCUUCUAGCCGCGCGGCUACAUGCUGCCCCACGACUGUUCAAUACGCCCCGGAUAAGAAGGCAGGCUAAACGAUUCUCACAGGUGGCAGUAAACCGAAAGAGGAAAUUGGAUCAGUUCACACAUUAUCAUGGUUUAGAGAUAUUAGACUUAAUACAUCGUCAAAGAGCGAAAAAUAGUAGACAAUCAGUGCCACUAACACGACUGACAUCUAAGUAUCCGAAAAAGCCACCAGAGGUGUUCAAACCAAUCGAGCCACCAAAAAUGGAUCCGUUAUCACUAGCCGUGCCGUCCGAGCCAGGCGGUCCGCUGCGACUGGCUCGCGCGUACGAGCGGCCGCGGCCCACGCCCGACUGCUACCCGCAGCUAGUGGAGGAGUACAUCCUUGAGACUGAGAAGACGUCACCACACGCCAGCGCUGGGUUCUUCCACAUCAAACUGUCAAUAUUACAGAGGGCCGCCGACCAGGAGUUCCUUGGAGAGCUCUAUGUAGACAGGGACCACGUUGAAGGAGAAACGAAUGGCGCUGCAUGUCGGUUUUCAUUAGGGUCAAGACUACAAGCGAAUAAAUAUAUACAGCAGUUCACAGAGAUAUUUACGGAGGAAGGUCGGAAGUCUGUUAGGAUAAGACAUGUAGUGCCUGGCCAGAUGCCGAGGGUGUCCUUUACAGGAGGAAUGAGGGAACUGAACCAGCAACUCUUGCUACAACAGAGGUCGGCCGCUUCUGGCGCCACGACAGUACAGACUAACGCCACAACCGUUCCUGUUGUGACUUCCACGAUACAGGCAACAACGAAUACCCAUACCAACGUCCGCCAACUACCCAUACUGCAAGCGCAGUUACAGCAAGUGGGUAAUGUAGCAGCGGUAGGGAACGUGGUGAGCAAUGUGGGCAACGUCGUGGGCAACGUGAGCAACGUGGGCAACGUUGUGGGCAAUGUGGGCACGGUGGUGGGCAACGUAGUGGGCAAUGUGACCGCCACCAACGACACGGCGCUCAAGCAACAACCCUCCCCUACGACACCACGACUUUCGCCACAGGUGCGUAUUUGUGGGGGGAACGUGGUCGGAAGCGUGGGCAACAUAGUGGGCAACGUGGGCACUGUCGUGGGCAACGUAGUGGGGAACGUCAUCACUACUAGUGACACCGCGAUAAAGGAACAGCCCACACUUGCGACACCGCUGCUAUCGCCGCAGGCGUCCACCAAUCAGCUGUUAGCGCAGCAGUUGACGAACCCACCGCAGCCAAUCAACCCGCAGAAGAUGCAGUCCGCCAUCAUACACAUACAACACCCGCUCAUGUCCACUGCCGGCACGUCUCAGCAGGUACAGAACAUCCAAUACACGAAUACGACGACCACGCAACAGAAGGCGACCAUAACCAAGCCUAGAACAACGAACCCAGCCAUCAGCGCGCUUGUCACUAGUCUUAUGAACUCUGCACAACAGUUCCAACAAGCGGCAGCCAGUCAAAACGCAGCGAAAGCAGCAGUCAGUACUGCGAGCAGCAACGCGACGAUACUGAAUCUGUUGAACAGUGCGCCGGCCGCCAUGACGCACGCCACCGCAUCCACUGCAGACAAUAACACUAUAGAUGCCCACAAACUACUCGGCCGGGUCUCUAUAGCCGGAGCACGAAUCAUCACUGCCACUACCGCAUCACAUACCUUACCCACGUAUACGCAACAGGGAGUUGGUGUCCAAGUAAUGAGCGGUUACUCGAGAGAGAACGAAGCGACGAAUGUGUCGAGUAGUGAAAGUGCUCUAUUAGAGCGACUGAUGGGGCCCGACACUUCGGCCGCGCCCACUACGCAGCAACAACCCGUAUGCCAUUUGCAGGGCUUAAGUUUAGCAUCACUUCAAGGUCUACAAAGUAUUCAGGGUCUCCAGAACGUACAAGUACAGAUCCCGGGUUUGUCUGCGCCGAUAUCGCUGUCCUUGAACGUGUCCGGUGCGCCUAGUGGUCUUCUAGUGUCGGUGCCCCCUACUACGUCCGUCGUACUCACAAACCAACCUUCGGUGCUCUCUUUGCCUAUAGCGCAAUUGAUGUCAGGUGGCGUGAAGGGCGGCGUCCGUGGCGGCGGCGUGCAAGUAGUGCGCAGUGCGCGGGGUGCGCGGCCGGCCCCGCGCCCCGCGCGCCCCGCCGCGCCCGCCCCCGCGCCCCCCGCCAUGCCUGCACCCACUCUCACGCCGGCGCCGCAUACUGGAACGACACAAUUCAUCAGCCAGGCGCAAGCGCAGGCGUUGAGCGCUCAACAAGUUCGGCGGAAAUCGAAUGCGGACAGUUCGUAGUGACGUCACAGUGUGCGACGCGACGCGACUUAGUGAAAUAUUGUGUAAAUAUUAACCCCUAGCUAAAUUAUUACAUAUGUUAGUGACAUAGUGACUAGUGACUAGUGCCGUGCGCAGUAUCCACGCUGUGAUCUACAUACGUACCCGGCGGCCAUCUCUAAACACCGAUAUUCGAGAAAUAGACUUAACUUAGUAAGUGCGUUUAUGCAAUAGUGGAAUUAUGGUUGUUUUAAUGAUACGUCACGCAGUUGUUAUAAAUCCAAUUAGGAGUAACUUUGGUUAAGUUGCGGUAUGUACGUACCGUUAAUGUUUUCUAAUACAUAACUAGGUUCAAUAUAAAAUUUAUAUAUAAGUAGUAUCCUCAAUGUUGCUAUAUCCAAUAUAAUAAUGUCUGAAACAACGACUGAAUUUUUAUAAUGUAGCAGUGUUCAUUGAAGCAGUUAUGCCUAUAGUUAAAUUAUCAGUUCCAUCACACUACAUGUAAAUGGUCUAUUAAGUAUUUGCAAUGAUUUGUAUUGAAUCAUGUCUUUGACAAAUUUUAUUUUAUUCGAAUUAUUUAUCAUAUUAUACUAUUUUCAAUCAUGUAUUUUUAUUAUUUGAAUGUCACAAAUUAUAAUAUUUAUUGCGUAUGAAAUUUAAUUAUUAAUUGCAACAUUGAAAGUGAUUGGAUCAUGACAUGAAUUUUAUUGUGAAAAUAACGUUUAACUGCAUAGUGGAAUAAAAUAAUAUUGUUAAUGAAUCCGGAUAUUAUUAUCGUAAUGAAGAUUUUAUGUACGACACCUGUAUAUGAAUGUUGUUAGUGAGUUUGUUAGAUUAACAAAUUUAGAACAGCACACAGGUUGAAUUAUGUAUUCAGUAAAGUAAAUUGAGCUAACGUGAUUACGUGUGGAGACUUGACUAACAUCUACAUUGUAGAAAAUUCGAGUAAAUCAGUAUUAAUAAGAAUAAAAAUCACUGUUCGCAUGACAACCUAGUACUGACGUUUGGAACUUUAUGAAGUACAACACUUUGCAGUGAUUCAUGAAUCUGUGUUAGGUAAGAUGUAAAUAUGUAUUAUAUAGUUUCGAGUAAGCAUCACAGCUAACGGUAGUUGGAAUGUAAGAAAGUUGAAUUUAUGUUUUCAGUAUGUUACUGUAAUAUAAAAUAUGUGAAUAGUAAGGAAAUUUGUUUAUGUUAUGCCAUUGGGACCGAGUUCUGUAGAUUUCAAACCUGGACUAUAAGGAAUAGAGUUGUUUUUAUUUUACUAAAAGAGAAUUCAUAUAUAGUUUUAUAAUGUAAUCAAAAGAGCAAUAUAUCUGUUUAAAUAACUAUGCAUAAUAUUAUAAUGAUACUGUAUUAUCUUGAAAGUAUUUAAAAUUAGCGCUCUUAGUAUUAGGGAGACAGCCUUAUAAAUCUGACUUAGAUCUAAAUACGUAAUACUAUUGUUAUAGUAUAUAUUUGUUACCUCUAUGAUAGAACGUGUUAUAUUUAUAAUCUAAUUGAAAUCUAUGGAACUCGCUGAACGUUGCAAUUAACGAAUAUAAAAUAACAAUGCAAUGUAGAUAUAAUAUUGAAAAUGAUAGAUAUCUUGCACAUUAAGAGGUUAUCGAUAUAUAAUCUCCUUCCAAGUUUCCUAGUUGAAUGGUCAAUUUUGUUAGAUGAAACUAGAAUAUAUUAGUGUGACUGCAAGCUAUGCCUUCAGUCAUGAGAUGCCAAGUUUCUGGUUUCAGAUAUUAACAGUACAUAAUAUUGGUAAUUGUUGAAGAUAGGUUGGUACCUGCCCACUACACUUAACGAGUGACGUCACAUUUAUGAAAUUUAUGUUUAGAGUGUACAUAUAUGUAUAGAUAUAAUUUAGAAAUUGGAUGACGUAUGUGUCAUCGAAAUAAUGUGAAAAUAAUAAUGGAAUUUUUAGUUCUGCCUUGAGUACGUAGUGCACUGGGCAGCUAUCACAGGGAUUGUCUGUUUCUGCAUGUCUUCGCUGCUACUUAUUAGAGAAUAUGUUUCUAUGAACAAACGAAGCUGUUCCUUUAUCUACUACGUCCCAUUACUUGUUCUUUACUAUGUUACGAGCUAGUUAUUGUUACAUUUGCACGCACAAUCAUUACGUUUAUCAACUAUAUUAAAUAUAACGUUACCUGCCGAGAUAUUGCAAUAGGCAUACCAUUUCAUAUAUUUUAUUGUGUACAGUUUUUUGUACUCGUACGUAGCGGUGUCGCUGUAUUUACUAUUUAUUUUAGUUAACGAGAUGUGUUCAUACCGGCAUUCUAUGACAUGCCUAGAUAAGAGAAACUAUUUUGUUCUGUAGAUAUUGUACUACCUAGGUGUAUGAUAGAUUGCGUGGACAUAUUUUGCUAUUAACACAAAUAUUGCAUAAGUCGAGGUGUAGAUGAGUAACUGUGCGUUUUGUUGAUCUCAUUUGUUUACGGACAUGUAGCUCAAUGUGUAGACGAUUGUAACAUAAAGUUUAUUUGAACAUGCGAAUGUACCUAUAUUUUAAGAAAUAAUAAAAUAAUAUUAUUGUAUAUAUUUUCGAAAGGAGAUUUUUAUAAAUAAACAAUAUUACUCAGUUCGAGGUUGUAUGAAGUUUUCAGUGUCAACUAGGUCGAUUAAACUGCAUUGUAAAUAUUAUUUUAUUUUAGAUGACAUGUGAUAAUGCAUUCAAACGUUUAUAACAUAAAUGGUGUACAAUAAAAUUUUUAUGAUUGCGUUGACAUGGAUUUUGUGUAUAAAAUUGAUAUUGUAAAAAUUAACUUGAAUACGUUGUUCAAAGAUUGACGGUUCGAACAUAAAUAAAUAACUUUUACACAAAAAUUACGUUUUACUUAUCAUAAACCUUUUCUGGCCUAA